AGAGCCAGCUAGCUCGCCCGGUGAAAGAACAGAGACCGGCUUACAUGUUCCUCUGAGUUUCUCUCUUUUCUCGAUGACGAUCGCGUCCUGGAGGAGAUGAAGGCGCCGCUCCGUGUCCGGGGGCUCUUCCUCGUGCUCUCCAUGUUUUUCUCCUUUGAACUGUCUUCACCGAAUCUCUCCAACCGGCUCCGAACACCGCCUCAGUGAGCGCAGCAUCGAGGCGCCAUUUCUCCCUGUCUUUCUCCCGGUCUAUCUGCUCCCUCCCAAGCGGCUGAAAAUUGCAUGACAAAGGAAAGAGGAAGAUGAGAGACAGAAGACAUAACAGUGCAAACAAAUGGGUAUGAAAGCAACUUGGGCUAGACCUCAGCGAUUAUUGCAUAAAUUAUUGCAUUUAUGCAAUAAUUCAUUCCAUAGGUCCCUCAAAAGAGCCGCUGCCGGAAACUUGAAGCCACAAAUCGCAAGCUGAUGGAAAACAGAACGGCAUGAAAGAGACUGACACUGUGGCUGAGAAAGCUGAGCAAUGGCGGUCAGUGAGGAAAAUGAGGAAGAGGUUCCAAUGAGUCGUAGUUUCUCAGUAGAAGACCUCCUCGAUGAGGUGGAGAAGAUCUGCUACGAUGCCUCAGGGACAUCAAAGGUGGAGAUGGUGGUGAGGCUGUGGAAGGACGGCUUUACCAUUAACGACGGAGACUUCCGCAGCUACUCCGUGCCAGAAAAUCAAGAUUUCCUGGAUGCCAUCAAAAGAGGGGAGCUUCCAGCAGAGUGGGAGAGCAGAGCAGAGGAAGAGGAGCUGGAGAUCAGUGUGGAGGAUAUGACUGAGGAAAACUAUGUCCCCAAGAAGAAGGCUUUUCACCCGUUCAGCGGGAGAGGAUACCGACUUGGCAGCGUUGCACCCAGAGUUGUGGCCCGGUCACCAUCUGUGCACGAGGACGGAGAAUCUCCUCCUAUUCCCAUGGUAACACUAGACCACUCCCUUCCCGUCACCUCUCUGCAGAUCUGGUUGGCUGAUGGGAGGAGACUGGUACAGAGGUUUAACCUAUCGCAUAGGAUCUCCGAUGUCCAGGAUUUCGUCGCCCGCUGCCAGAGGAGCUGUCCACCUUUCGUCCUGACGACAUCACUUCCUUUCCGUGAGCUCAGCGACAAAGAAUUGAGCCUCGAGGAGGCGGAUUUGGCUCACGCCGUCAUCGUCCAGAGACCCCUGAACACACAGGCUCUGUUUGGACACUCCUGACCGACAGUCCCAUACCUCACACAGCAUGCUACCUUCCCCCCUUCUCUUCAUAGACACAUAGUCUUUUUUUUUUUAUAUAUAUAUAUAUAUAUAUAUAGCAACCUUAAGGCGCCCCUACGCCUUGAAGUAUUUUAAUCUUCACUGUGCACUUUGAACUGCACUUUGUUGUCAACAAGCUAAAGGUGAUAUUCUCACCAGAUUAGUCAGAAAGUCCUAAUGAGGGGCUCUUUUGACCCUUUGUCUACUUUGUCUUGAUGUUUUGGAGAGGAAAGUUUACCUGACAACAGACUUACGGAAACCCAGCAUAUCGCUACACAGUGGUGUCACAUACAGCUCUGAAAAAAAAAUAAUGAAGAGACCACUGCACUGAACCUUCUGGUUAUUCCACCAAAUAUAGAUUUCUUGACUCGUCCUGAGGUAAAAGAUUAGUAUUGUUGUUUCUAAAUGAAGAUGAACUUGCUUUCUUUGCAUAAUUUGAGGUCUGGAAGCACCGAGUCUUUUAAGUUAUUUUGACCAUUUCUCACUUUCUGCAAAUAAAUAUUAGGAAAACAAUGUUCAUUUUACUCAAACAUUAACCUAGAAAAAGUUAAAUCAGAGAAACUCAUCAUUUUAAGUGGUCUCUUAAUGUUUUUUUUCCAGAGCUAUUUACAGGUCUGGAUAGAAAUUCGCAUUAAUUAUAUCGCUAAAUAUAAUUAAUUUUGGUCUCUUUUCUAUUUGUUAAACUCUGGUUUCUUGGUGAGGUGGUCUGUACAGCUUUGAUAGUUUCUAAAAACAAGUUUCUGGGGCCAAGGUUUUGAUUGGCUGGUGUCAUGCAUCCCGGAUGGCCUCCGAAUGACCUCAGUCCGACUGGAAAAUAGAUAAACAAAGGCUUAAAAUCAGGGUCCGUGUCAGCAAACCAAUCGGAGUGAAUGAGCUCUGCCAGUUCUGACAAGAAGAGUGGUCAAACAUCCAGGCAGGAUCGUCCAAAAAGCCUGCUGAUGAUUUCUUGAGCGACAUUUGUGAAAAUAUUAGUGGACAUGUUGGAGAAUGCAUGUAUAAUUUCACGACUGCGUAAAAGUACAUUUGUGAGGAGUGUUCAUGUUUUAAAAAAUUAGUAAAGUUGUAUUGGGUGUAGUCACUUUUAUCAUUAAAUGCUCCAAAAAAUAUGGAAUUCAUUCAUUCAUCCGCAAUGAGCGGGUGACGAUCGUCUGCUCAGAAAUGUCUCCUCCUUCAUACAACUAUCAAAGUCUUCCCAAUGUAAGAACACAACUCUUAUGCACUGCAGUUUUAAAAAGGUGCUGAUAGGUGGGACGUUGGUUACAUAUCCAUGCAGACGUGACGUUUUGUUUGCACAGUAUUGAUAUUUUUGGCCUUGUUGUUUGGCUCUUUCAGGUGUUUACAUGAUGUUAUUGUUUUUUUUUGGGUUUUUUAAAAAAAUGUCAGUAUUUUCCUUCUCCUUUUAUUGAGGCUUGUGGGAACGUGAAAUCUGCUGUUUUACUUGAUUGAAUGAUUGACGAGCGUAACUUGAGAAUUUACGUUUUGUUUCAGUACAUCCUGCACAGCUGAGCUGCUCAUAUUUCUGUUAGAUUUUUUUUUUUUCAUGCUUGAUCUCAAUUAUAAUUGAUCUUUUUUUCAUGGACAGUCUUCUUUUUUAAUCUCAGAAAGUCUCGCACAAGGCUGGGUCUGCUCAGAUUUGUCAUGAGAUUGUCAAGAAUGCCAAGGUACAGAAUGACUGCUAUACUGUAUUUCUAGUUAGAGGUGUGCCAAACUAUCCAUGCCUUAUGUAAAUGUGCUACGCAGUGAUGUCUAAGCAAGCCUGUACUAUUAAAAAAAGAUACUUAAACUGUUCAGGAGUUAUGU